CGCGAGCACUCGGCGACAACAUGGGCUCGUCUUCAUCACCCAAAAAAGCACCGCGUGCGAGCACGGCUUCGACCUCCGCGGGCUCGUCUUCUGCAUUACCCGCAUCCGUCUCUGGCUUCACGGUCCUUCCGAUUAUCUACGCUUCCUCGGCCACACAUAUCCUCUAUGCGCGCGCGCACUCUGCCCCGAAACACAGUGAUGCGAAGGGGAAGCAAAAAGAACGGGCGGCGGCCUUGCCAGAGGGCCGCACCCUGUUCCUCGUCAACGUACCGCCUGACGCGACCGAGCGCGAGCUGACGGUACUGUUCAAGCCGUGCGGAACAGUGGAGAGGGUAGUUUUCAGCACUGGCGGCGGCAGUGCACCGCAUGAAGAGGAGAUGCUGGAGGACGAGAGUGAGAGUGAAGACGAAGAUGCGCAGGAGGGCGCCGCCGGAUCGGAGGACGAGGACGAAGAAGACGCAGAGUCAAGACCAAAGAAAAAGCGCAAAGUCGCUGAGCCGCAAGCCCCGCGCGUUGUGCCUCUUCCCUCUCCUCCCAUACGAACCCUACGACGCACCGGUCACACUGCCUACGUCGUCUUCCUGGACAGCUCCUCUCUUGCUCGCGCACUCAAGCCCCCGCAAAAGCCGUAUGCGUGGCCAGUAGACAAGGUGGCUCCCUUGGGCCUUGAGCACUACACUUCGCUAUACUCGGCUCUGCGGCCACCACUUGACGUCGUUCGUGCGCACGCGGACUCGUGGAUGGAGGCGUUCGAAUACGAACAGGCGAAGAAGAAGCACGAAAGCAAGUACAACAAGGGCGAAGCCAUCGUCGACGAGGACGGCUUCACCCUAGUCACGCGCGGGGGUGCGUACGGCAAGACCUUGGGAGGCGGCGUCGGCGUCGCGAGCAAGCGGUUCCACGAGGACCAAUCGGGAGCCGGCAGCAAGCGGCGGAGGAAGGACAAGAAGGAGACAAAGGAGAAGGAUGCAUUCUACGCCUUCCAGAUUCACGAGAAGAAGCGGAAACAUAUCAUCGACUUGAAGACGCGCUUCCAAGAGGACACGGCGAAGAUCGAGAAGCUGAAGGAGAGACGGAAGUUCAACCCUUAUUAAACUAUGCAGCAACGGUGUAUGCGUGUAGACUCUCACAGUGCUUUAAUAAUACGGUGCAGCGUGGU